AUGGCGAAUAAUGGGAGCACGCCAGGUUUGGCUAAAGCAAAGGAAGAGGAUUACUUUUUAGGAGUGAGUGGUCUGGUAACGGCAAUCCUGGCAACGCAGCUUCCCCCGAGAUUCAAAUGGCAAGAUCUCAAAGACCACAUUCGCAAAAUCACCCCUCGGAUCGGAGCAAACAGCGUUCACGUCCCUGUUCUUCCGACUGGACAAAGCCAGGGAGUUGGCAUUGUGCGGAUUCGGGGCAAGGAUGAGGCUGAGAAAGUCUAUGUAUUUCUUUCGACGCACCCUUGCGACGGGAGCAUGCUUCAGGUCAAAAUGUGCCCAGCGAGUGCGACAAAUCAAGCUCCAUCAGGCGGCACAUGUCCCCCUCCCAUAAGCUCAAUGAAUCCGGGUGCAUUUUCACCCGUGUCUCGGCCGUCAAUGGCCGCUUUCCAGCCUGAACCUGCCAAGAACGUCUACAUUGUCAAUCCGACAAUGGAUGCUACACCUCUGGCAGUGCCAAUGAACCAUCCGGAAGUUGCUUUGGGUCGGACUCCCUUCUAUGGGCCUCAGUAUGCUGCGCCUCCUCUUUCUCCCGGCAAUUUCGCCUUCCAACCGGCCCUCCUUGGCCAUCCUUUUCCUCCUCGUAUGGCCGACCCUGUUCCUUACGCAACGCCACAACCUUUCGUCGUCCCUCCAGCCGCAAUUCCCUAUCUAGUUCCCGGUCCCGCGUACCCUGCGGGGAUGUCAGGGCCAAUCUACGCCAAUGCCACGGAUGGGACUCCGGUCAAUGUUAGCCACGGCGCCGUGCGAACAGAGUCCACGAGUGUUUUCAUUGGCAAUCUGAGCUAUGAAGCAAGAUGGCAGGACAUCAAAUGUCUCAUGGAACGAGUGGGAAGCGUACAAAAAUGCAAUCUCAUUACAGACUCCAAGACGGGAAAGUCCAGGGGUUGCGCAACUGUCUCCUUCGGAUUGGCACAAGAAGCCGAGCAAGCAAUUGCUACAUUCCACGAUACGACAUUUAUGAAUCGAAAAAUAAUAGUCAGGGCCGAUAAGGAAGCGUCAAGUUUGACCACUGGUGGUCGUGUGCGCGGAAGCAACCCAGCUGUUGUAUAUCCCCUUAGCCAGCAACCUGUCAUUGCGAAUGGUUCUACGAACUUACGACCGGCUAUAUAUUAG